UCUUGCGUUCAUUACCGCUCUGCCGGCCGGCCCUGCGCACACGCACGCGCAGCGCUCCUCAUACCACGCCAACGCACGUCCUACGAAAUGCUGCCUUUUAUAUGCUCCAGAGUCAACAUGGACUACUUCACCAAGCCAUCAUUUUGGUUUGCGGCUGCUGCAAUUUUAGCCGCCUGUGAUAUCUGCGCUGGCGCCAGUAACAGACGACCGUUUAAGCCGAGCGAUUCAAUUUUAGAUAUAAUCAACACAAAGGAGGUUGAAAAGUUAAUUGCAGAACGUCGACGUGUUGAACAAGCCUCGGCAGCCACUACAUACGUGACAAAUAACCAUGCUGAUGGCACUUCUGAGACCUUAGUCAUCUCCGCUCCUGAUCUAGAAGAAAGCACCGAAAUACCAUCGGGAACAGAUUUCCGAAAUAUUCUUAAAUCAUCCAAAAACGCUCUUGUCGUAACUAAGAAGGAAUACCUUAAAGAAGAUUGGUGUAAAACGGAGCACUUAGUUCAAAGGAUACGCGAACCAGGUUGCUUACCGACGACAGUGAUUAACAAUUUUUGUUACGGACAGUGUAAUUCAUUUUUCAUUCCCCGGGCACCACGGCGGCGAGACAGUGAGGAACGACCACCGCCGGCCUUCAAGUCUUGUUCAGUCUGUAAGCCCAAAAAGAUGACAUGGGUGACAGUGAAGCUGCGGUGCCCUGGUCAGAAUCCGCCUUACAGACUUAAACGUAUACAGAAAAUAAAACAGUGCAAGUGUUUACCCGUAGGAGUAAAUUGAUAGUGAAUUGGAAUGGGACCCUCUUUAUCAGAGGCGGUGCAACCAUUGUGGCUUGCAGCCGAAGAGUGAAGCGUCAUGGGAGCAUCCUUUGAGGCAACAGGUCGAGUUUGCAGGUCGAAAGUGUUGAUUUCGCGAGUGAGAUAUGUUGCCGAUAUUGUUCCAGAUUGAAUUGUGGACGGAUUGAUUGACUAAACAGAUCCAUCGUGCUCGUAUACGUCAAUAGACAUGACGUAAUGUGAUGCAUGCACUUCACGUUCACAGGCAAAAGCUUUAAUUGUGUUGUGUUAGUAUGGCGAUCUUAAAGUAGUGGUCGGCUUUAUUCGAAAAGAUGUACUGUUGAACAGAUUUCGUAUCUAAUGUAAUUCUUCUUAGAGUAUGGUCUUAUACGAUUACAGAAUGUGUGAUAUUAGAAUAUCAAGUGACGGACAUUUGUAAAACAUAAAUCAUAAAAAUGCAUUAAGAGCAUAAUGAACAUUAUUAUCUACAUUCAUAAUAAAAAAGAAACUUGUGAGAUUCUCGUAGAUUUUUUUUAUUUAUUUUUUUAGCGUAAACUAGACUAAUCAAAAUACGCUUAUUAUAUAUGUAGUGUAGGUACAAAAUAAUGUUGCAAUUUUGUCGGGUUAUGUUUAAAAUAAAUUUGAUAUUAUGGACUUUACGUAGGCAGUCAGCUUUAAUGGUAGAACGGAAAUAUAACUGUGAUCUCUGUUUGCUACCACUCAAGAUAUGCAUUUGUUUACAUAAUAAAAACAUUUGUAUGAUGUUAUUUAAGUUUAGACAGAGGCGGUAGUGCUCAUGCACAGAGGUGAUCAGUAUUUAUUGUUUAGGUAUAUUAUUGUUUUACUAUAUUUUCGAUUUUAAUAUCUUUUAAAGUUAAAAUAAACUUCCCAGUAAUCAUUUUAGUUCACUUUAGAGAAAAGAGUAAAAGUAUAAUUGGAAAUAAAAUAGGAAAGACUGUAAUAUGAAUUAUCCGGUAAAUGUAAAUAUUUUAAGUUCUAUACUGAACUGACUUAACUUUUUCAUACUUAGCACUACUUAGCAGUAGGUACUUAGCAAAAUAUAUUGUUAUAUAAUUAUAUUUGAAAUUUUCAGAAUUAAGGUUAGUCCUUAAUAGACAUAUGGACUUAUACUUAUAUCUAUAUAAAAAAAGUUGUGUGAAAACUUACCGCUGUCAAAAUUCUAUUCUUCCUAUAUAUUAAGUCAUGUGAUUUUAGUACUUAUAAUUGGUGUACGUUAGCGUCAUGUUGUUUGUUGAUAAAUGCAGAUUUUUUUUUAAUUUCUUACACAUAGGUAUCUACUGUAUCUAUAUGAAACGGAGACUCUCUUAAAACUAAAGGUAUCUUAAAUCAAAACGUCUAACAACAUCUGUUGAUAUCAGACCCUUUCGAUAUCCGGCUACGUGAAGUUGGGUGAAGAAAAACAAGGUAACUUUUCAUCACCGUUUUUAAAUUUCAGUUUAAUAUAUACAUACAUAUGAGAAAUAAAAAAUCACGUUCGCUAUAUAAGAAUGCAUUUGAAAAGUGUGUAAUAGAGGAUAAUCUUAAUCAGUCAAA